GUAGGUGGAGCUUCCAGCCUCAUUUGCAUGCCCCGCUCCCUUAGACACAGAUAUGAUAUGAUAUAUUUUAUGGUCCGCAAUGGUGAAAAUUGACUUGGACAAUAGAGAGUGCUGCUACUUCCACAUAAAUACAUGAAUACGUGGAAUAACCCCCCAUCAUACAUCCCACUCCCACCUACUAAUAUGCAGAGGGUGAGGGGCAGCCCCACAGAAACCCGAUGAAUCACACCUGAGGAGGCAAACAGGAAGAGCAGUAGAAGUUGUUUGGCAGCAACGGCAGCAGGAGCAGGUAGGAGACACAACACACACAGUUUCAGAGAGCCAACCAAUCCAGGGGGGCCUUCACCUCUCCACCCUAUCCCAGACCAGAUCAGACCAGUCCAGAUCAGAACCAGACCCAGACCAGAACGAAACCAGUUCAAACCAGACCAGACCAGUCCCGAUCAAGUUGUUUAAGGUGUAACGGACUGAGAGAUGAGGGGUAGGGCUCUCUGACCCCUGACACUAACAAGGUGGUGUAACCUCCAACCCCUGUGGCUUCUCCGAUGUUCUCCAGAAAGGACAGCCUUCCCUCCCCCAGCUUGGAAGACUCCUUCUUCCCCCUCUCCUCCACCUCCUCCCAUUCUCUCUCUCUCGCUUAUCCCUCCUCCUCUUCCUCCUCAUGCUGCCAGGGUGGGAGUGGCUCCAUGGGGAAGGCGGGGUUAAAGGCAGAGCUGGAGGCAGGUCUAGAGACAGAUCUGAUCCUGGCUGCUGAGUUGGGCCAGGCUCUGUUGGAGAGGAAUGAAGAGCUGGCCGAGGCACUGACACAGAGAGACAGACAUGUAGAGGUCCUGCAGCAGGAGAAGCAUGUUCUCCGGAGGAGAUUGGAGGUAUGUGAACUGUCGUCACAACAGAGAGAGGCGGAGCUAACCUCCGAACUCUCCUCCUUACUGGCCGAGCUGGACCGACAUCACAGCCGGGGGCAGGGCCAGAAGCGGGAGGAGAACACACAGCUGACUGAGCUGGCCAAUCACAACCACCGCCUGGUGGAAGAGUUGGCAGAGGCGGUGUCAGUAGAACACUCAUUGCGUGUGGAACUCCGUUCACUCCGAGAAGAGAUGGAAGACUCCUCCCUCAGCAAAACCAUUAGUUCUACACAACUAGACAACACACAAGCAGAGAACAGGGUGUUGAAGGAGAGGCUGGGUAAUAUGGAGGAACAGUUGAGGCUGUGGCAGGAGGACUGUGAUAGGCUGAGAGGCGAGAGGGAGAGGCAGAGAGACACACUGACAGAUCUACAGACCAAUCUGAGAGAGAGAGAAGACCAGUUGGAGCAGGAACAGAGUGUGGUGUUUGAGUUGCGGACACUGAGCCGUUCUCUAGAGCGGAGAGUCCAGAGGCUGGAAGAGGACACCAGUCUGGACAACACACACACUCACACACACCCUCUGUCACUUCUCAGUGAGAUACAGCAGACUCAGGCUACAGAGACACUGUUGGCCCACUCUACCAUCCUACAAGACAAAGACCAGGAGAUAAACACACUGAGAGAAAAGCUAUGCUCCAGAGAGGCGGAGCUUGAUUCUCUGAGGGAGGAGCUACAGCCGUUCAGGAGCUGUCAAGGAAAACCCAGCUACAGCUCCCUGGAGAGCGAGCUCCCUGGAGAGCGAGGUGUGUACGGUGCGAGCGGAGAGAGACAGUCUGACCCAGCAGCUGCUGAACACCAUUCAACACAAGGUGGUGCUGUCGCAGGAGGUCGACGCAUGGCAGGAGGACAUGCGGCUGCUGAUAAGUCAGCAGGUGCAACAGCAGGCAGAGGAGAAAGAGAGAGAAAAGGAACGAGAGAAAGAGAGCAAGAAAGGCCAGCCUCCCGGAGUCGCCUCUUCACUGUUGGCGUUGAGAUCCCAGAGAAGCUUAAAUUAUCUAACCAUAUGGACACUGUGGUGAAGAAGGCAUGACAGCGACUCUUCAUCCUCAGGUUACUGAAGAAAUUCGGCAUGUCCCGAGGGCCCUCACAGUGUUCUUCCAGAGCAUAUGGUCGGGUUGCAUCACAGAUUGGUACAGCAAAUCCCCCGCCGUGGACUGCAAGGUGCUUCAGAGGGUGAUACGUGCAGCCGAACGCACCCUUGAGUUUGCACUGCCUGCCUUCCAGGACAGCUACACCACCAGGUGUCGCAGGAAGGCCAAGAAGAUCAUCAGGGACCCCAUUCUUCUUUGCAAUAUCGACCUACCCUGGCCAAACCCGGACGACGCUGGGCCAAUUGCACGCCGCCCUAUGGGACUCCCAAUCACGGCCGGAUGUGAUACAGCCUGGAUAUUAAACACUGUACCCUGCAGUCACACCUCAACCCUGUACAUGUGACUAUUGAACACUCUGAACAUGAAUCUGAUUGGUUUAUUUUUUAAUUGAAGCAUUGUACAGUGAACAUCUGAUUGGUUUAUUUUGAAUAAAAACAUUAUAC